GGGCUGGGGCUGCCCGGGGGAUGCAGGGGCAGGCACAGCCCUUGGCAGCUGCAGCAUCGCCUCCUCACCUGCCCCAAGCGGGUUACCGUGCUCGGCUGCAGCUGAAAGCCGUCCCUGGCUGCCAGCUCUGUGCUCCGGGGGCAGCCUGGCCUCUCACUGCCCCGGCUCUUACCCCAAACCCGCGCCUGGAUCUUCCCUCUUGCACCACACCUGCGGGACACGGAGGGGCGGCGAAGCUCGGCCCAGGUGGGAGGGACCGUGCUCCCGUUAAAUCCAAGCUCCCGGAGGAGCCGGUCCUUGCACGGACCCACCCUUGUGGUUUAUGAGCUCCAGGUGCUGGAGGAGCCGCGCGGGAGUGGGGACGAGCCGCUGCAGCCCAGAUUCCUCUUCCGCUGGAGGCUGCAUUGAAGACGGGCUCCGAGCUCCCUGGUGGAGGAAGGCGAGGAGGAGGAGGAGGUUUCCCUUGGCCUCUAAGCUGUGAAACCGGAAAACCAAACCAUGUCGCAGGUCAUAGAAUCCCACGUGCUGCGUGUUGGACAGACUGUGUGCAUUUCCUCCCCGGAGGAAAGCCAGAGCCCGCCGGGGUACCCGGGCUUGCCGGGCAAGUACGUCUACUACUCCACGGGGGCCUGGGCUGAGCCCCCCUCCGUGGUGCACCCCAAGGCUCGCCUGCUCCCCAGCGGGAGAGCCUACAGCACCCAGCCCGUGUCAGAGCACGUGGCUGCUCACACUCAAGGGAAGGGCCAGCAGAAUUCCCCCUUGGAAACAGCCCCUGCCCCGUGCCGGCCAAAGGAGGAGGAGGACGCCAGCACGGACCCUGAGGCUCAGCCCAUGUCUCCCUCCCUGGACAUAACCAUAGAGACUCUCAACCAGAUGAUCCUAGAAAUCGAUCCCACCUUCCAGCCGCUGCCCUGCAGGCCACUGAAGGAGGCAGCCCAGCCCGCUGCUCAGGGGGGUGCUGCAGCCACCAAAAAGCACGACCUGGAGGCAAUAGACAUCAAGUACAUAGAGCUGACACCAGGCAGAGCCACGGGGCCCGACCUGCCACAGGGCUCCCCCAGCCCUUCGGGCACCCCCUUCUCCAGGUCCCCCCAGGCCAGCAGCUUCCUGCCCCAAAAAGGGACCCUCGGAGGCAAAUAUGGCACCAGUGACAGCGUGAUUUUCUCGAGCCCACCCGGACCCUCGAGUCCCCAGUCGGCCACCCUGAGCUGUAGCAAAGCAUCCGAGAGCCCCAGCGCGCCCUGGCAGUGCCUGGCAGGACACACGGACACAGCCUCCCGCAGCCCCGGGGCCCUCAGCACCUCCCCAGGGGCUGACAAUCUGCUGAAGCCCCUGCAGGUGCUGAGGGCCCAGCAGAGGGGGAGCUGGGUGUCCCAGCUCUCCACCAGCCCUGGAUCUGACACCAGCUACAUCCUGGGCAGCAGCACCCACUCACUCCACAAUGAGGACUCAGAUGCUUCAGCCGCUGCCUCCCUGUCCCCCGCCAGCUCCCUGGGCAGCCCCUGCUCCCCUUCCCCUGCCAUCGUGUCUCACUCCAGGGCAGCUUUCAGCCAGAGCCCCCCACACCCGCGGGCAGGCAGCUCCCCCAGCGCCGGCACCUCCCUGGCGCAGAAGGGCCAGGCCAGCAGCUGCCCGCCCUCCAUCCUCACCUCCGCAGCCGACAUCCCGGUGCUGCUGGUGAACGGGUGCCUGGAGCAAGGAGACGGCCCCCCCCGGCUGGCCAAAGCGCCCCCCAGCUCUGCCCUGCAGCCCCCCCAGGCCGGCUGCAGCCCAGCCUCGAGGCUGGGAGGGAUGAACGCCGCGCUGUCGGCGCCCGCGCUCAGCUGCCUGUCGGAUGGUCCCCUGAAGGCUGGGCAGCCCACCAUGAAGUUUGUGAUGGACACAUCAAAAUACUGGUUCAAACCAAGCAUCAGCAGGGACCGAGCAAUCCAGCUGCUGAGGGACAAGGAGCCAGGCACGUUCCUGGUGCGGGACAGCACCUCAUUCCGGGGCUCCUUCGGCCUGGCCAUGAAGGUUCCUGGCUCUCCCUCGGGCAGCCAGACAGGCGAGGAGAGCAGUGACCUCGUCCGGCACUUCCUCAUCGAGUCCUCCACCAAAGGGGUGCACCUGAAAGGUGCCAGCGAGGAGCUCUAUUUCGGGAGCCUCUCUGCCUUCGUCUACCAGCACUCCAUCACCCAGCUGGCACUGCCCUGCAAGCUCAGCAUCCCCACCCGAGAUCUCGCUGAUGGAGAGGACAGCCCUGACUGCGCUCCUGAAUCCGCACCAUCCCUGGCCAGGAAAACUGCAGUGUGCAACGUCCUGUACCUCAACUCUGUGAACGUGGAGACGCUGACAGGAGCCCCGGCCAUCCUGAAGGGCAUCUCCUGCACCUUGGAGCUGGAGACGCUGCCCACGCCCACCCUGGUGCACUUCAGGGUGACAGAGCAGGGCGUCACGCUGACCGACGUCCAGAGGAAGUUGUUUUUCAGGAGACACUACCCCUUGGCUGCCAUCAGGUUCUGUGGGAUGGACCCUGAGAACAGAAAGUGGCAGAAGUACUGCAAGUCCUCCAGAAUCUUUGGGUUCGUGGCCAAAAGCCAGGCAGACUCGGGGAACCUCUGUCACCUGUUUGCAGAGUACGACACCGUGCAGCCAGUGUCCCUUGUCAUCGACCUGCUCCGCCAGCUCCUGCCCAGCCCGUAGGGACAGGACCCUGGGACACUCAGGGCCAGCAGCUGCCCACACACUGCUGAGCUUCUCCUGCUCCCCUUCUCCUGCUUCUGGGUUGCAUUUUGGCAACGGCAUGUAUUUAGACUUUUUUUUGUUAUGCACCAUCGUAUCAGGAGUCUCAGCUAAAGACUUUCAGCUCCGGUGGGAUGAGAUGAUCCUCUGAGCCUCUCCGUGGGGCACUGGCUGCCCUGGGGAAGGGACGGGAGCUGUGCUCUCUGUGGAACCACUGUCCCUCAGCUGGACCAUCUGCCCUGAAGGAGCACAAUGCCCUGGCUGGGCUUUCUACCACCCGUGGGGUCUCCUGUUCUUGAGGUGUCUGGGCUGAGGGAGGUCAUGGAGCUGAGCUGAGCUCCCACCAUGGGGGACUCAGCCCUGACACCCCAGUGCUGCAGGAGGGAAAGUCUGGGGGAGGAAUCACCCCCUGAGCAGCACAAAGAGGCAGCUUUGCAAAUCUAAAGUGUAUAAAAUGACUAAGUCCUGCUGGAAACCUGCUUCCCUCGAGGAGCAAGCAGCAUCCACAGGCAGGAAUGACAGAGCAGUGGAUUUUUCCUGGUGCUGGGAAAUUCUCCUGCCCUUUUACGCAGCACGGGGUUGCGGGCGGGCUCGACCUCCCAGCAUUGCAGAGCUGGGAAAUAAACGGUGACAUUUCCAUGACAGUGAAACAUCGGAUUUUUGGAAAUGAUUGGUCUGAAUUUGGGCUGGAUUCUCAGAUGACGUAAAUUGGCAGGGCCUGGAGGAAGAUGGUGCUGCCGUGAUAUGCAGCAGCUGAAGGGUCAGCUCGUGCUGUAGCUCAGAGCAGAAAGAGGCUCUGAGGUCGCUGUGCUCUUCUCUACCUUUGUUCUCAUUUGGUGCCUCUGCAUUGGCUUAAUUUUGGACCCUCUCAGGGGUAUUUUCAAUAAAGCAGUAAAACAUUUAUCCUGCCACAGGCACCACAGGGAUGGCAGGAACAGAGACACUCGCUGUGCUCCAGAGCAGCUGAACAGAUGCACCCAUGGCAGAGUCCCUCUCCUCCAGCCAGGCUGUGCAGCUGGGCCAGCUGUGGCCACUCUUGGCAAUGACCAAAACAGAUAUUGGGGUCACUGUGGAGGGAGCACAUGGGGCUGUGAGAGGAGCCAGGAGCAGCUCUGUCCCCCUGGUCCCUCUGCCCUGAGCUCUGCUCAGCCCCAAUCCAGCACCGCAGCGUGGCCUUGGAGCUGCUGCCCAGAGGAUCCAGGUGCCUCUGGUGUCCCCAUGGCGCUGCAGGGACCAGGGGGCUGCAGCUCCCCAAGGUCACGGGCAGCUCAGGCUGUGGGUCCUCUGCCCUGAGACCCUGGGGCAGAAGUGGGACCCCCAGAGCUGGACUCUGUUGUGGUUAUCGUGUUGCUGGUCAGGAUCAGCAGCUGGGAAUGGGGACAGGCAAAGGCUUUGGCACCACACGAUGCUUUGGGGGGUUGUGCUGCCCCCCCAACCCCGAGCCUGGCCAGCCCAGGCUCCAGGAGCACUGGCAUCAGCCCUGCCCGGGUGGCCAAUCUGCCGUGCCAGCAGAUUUCUGGGCUGAACUGGCUGUGGCUGCCUCCAGCCCUGUCUCGGCGGUGUUUGCACAACGCCAGCACCACCGGCUCCAGUAACCAGAGCACCGGGCUGGCGCCAGCCCCGGAUGGCACCACCGGCCCCGGGAGCCACCAAACAGGGACUGUGCGAGCUCCUGGGCCGUGACCCCGGGCAGCACCGGCUGCAGACACUGGGAGAGAGCCAAGCCGUGACCGGGAAGUGUGCGGCUGUUGCAAUUCCUGUGCCUGGGCAUCUCCCGUCCGCAUCCUGCCACCCUCCCAAAGCACCGAGAGGGACUGCAGACACCCGGUGCCCCCUGGCACCAGCAGGCACCCGCACUGUGCCUGGGGCUGCGGCUCACCAAGGCCGUCGGCAGUGCCUGGCUACGAGCCCGUGUCCCUGGAGCAGCCGGUGCCUGUCCCUGUCCGCCCCUGAACUUUGAAGCCGGUCCAGGGUCCCCUCCCCAGCCUGGCGCCGUCUCCGGCCCCGCCGCUGCUCUGUGGCGCUGUGCAGGGCAUGGUGCCCAUCCUGCCGGUGGCACCGGUGGAGACGCCGAGCUGGGAGUCAUGAGGAAGCAAGAAAUCCUUUGUUUCCCACCCCAUCCCUGCUCAGGGAAGUUCUUCCAGAAGCUUGUGGGCUCCUGGGUUUCCAGGAAUGCUGAACCCCAAACCCAACACAGGUCCAGGGUUCCAGGACCUUGGGCAGAGGCGGUGACCAGAGCCUGUCCCCACACCAGUGGGACCCCCCAGCCCCCUCACUCCUGCUCUGCCUCCCUCCUCUCCCGUAACUUAAAGCCAUGAAAGAUAAAACACACUCGAUAGAAACACAUCAAAUAACGGGAAAUUAAAUACAGUAAUUACCUUUUUUGAGGAUACAAAGGUUCAAGUGUACUGUAAAAUGUCGGUGCUACACGGGAAUCUGAUGGGACGGGCUUGGCCCGGGAGGGACGGACAGGGACCCCUUGGGUGCCAGGGGAUGCUCUGGGGGUGGGGGACACUGGUACAUGGUUGUGUGUAAAUACAGCCCUAAACUACAGGAGAGAGGCUAGGAAAUGCUGGAGCCCUCGGAGCUGGACACAGAAAGUGCCCUGGUGCAUCGGCAUUGCCAGGAACCCCCAGACGAGGAAAGGCCCUGCUGGACCCACCCUGCUGUGCACGGGGAGUGGCCAAGGCCACCGGGCUGGCACUGCCACUGCACUGUGUCCUGCUGUGGUGCUGCUGCAGGGGACUGGCCCUGGGACUGGCCCCGGGAAUCCCUUCCUUGGUGCGGUGGCUCUGAGGGGUGGCAGGGACAGGGACCCCCUCCCCACCGAGGACUGUCCUGGCAGAUUGACUCCGUUUAGAAGUUGUGUGUGAGCAGGACCACGGGCAGCCAGGGCAGGCAGGGAUCUGGCAGGGGAUCAGGAGGGCAGAGGGUGUUUCACUAAAACUGAAACACUUCAUUCCCAUCGGGGGCCUUGGACAGCACAAAUCCACGUGGAAAACCAAACCCUACCACUGAGGCCAUGGAGCCAGAGGGUGGGUCAGGAGGGGAUUGGGGAAGGCCCCUCUGUCUUUGGCACACUUUCCACAGCAUUUUUAUGUGAAAAAUUUCCAUCCCAGCUUGAAGAAAAACCAGGUACAAAGCCAGUGACAAUUUCUCAGCUGAGAAUUUUGUGCUGGUGAAAUCUGCAGAUCCCAUCAUGGACACGUUCCAGAAUCCAUCCCAGUUUUGUCAUAUUGGCCAAGAAGAGAAGACAGGAGCCAUCACCUCAGUGCCCUGGUCCCUGGGGAUGGAGAAUUCCAGCCUCGGGGCCACACAGUUGCUUAUUAGAUCCCACCAACA